CGGAAGUGGAGAACGGACAAUCUGUCGGAAACCAAAACGUUUAAAGGACGAUCUUGGAUGAACGACACUGCCCCCCUCCUCAUCUCCCUUGUGUGCCACGGCAGUGUUGCCAUCGAUAUGAGGCCCUAUUUUUGGAUUGCACUACACAGAUUUUGCACUUCUUGUUUAUAUACUUGUAAAAACACUUUUCCUCCAGGCCUUCCCAAGCCUCACACAUCGUGCGAACAACUGGCAAUCCAUCAACAGACGGGCACGCACCCAGAAAUCCUACUUACCUUUGCACAACGACAAUCACAGCGCAUUGAAUAGCCUGCCUCCAUUGUCAUGAUGCCGUUGUUCAAGCAAUACCGACAUCACGAUACUCAGUGGCAAUCAAGGAAAAAAAAACCUGUCGUGCUGCACUAAGUCUGCAAGGAAUCGACACGACUUGAAAAUCAUGACGAUAGCCCAUCUGGCACUUGAUGCGAUGCAUGGCCAAGAUACCUCAUCUUGAGCAAUAUGCAACUUUUCGGCGAGAGAGGGGGGGGGAAGAGGGGCACUAGUACGUACGACAAGAACAAGAUCACGCCCGGUAUAGGCUGUGCAAGUACCGUGUGUACUCGUCAAUCACCAAGGGCAACAAAACAACAAGGCUGUCUCACAUGCGUCAUUGAAAGCCCUCCAAAGAGACGGAGACCUAAUCGGAGCCGGACCCAUUGUUGGUAGGCCGGCUCAGCUCCAGACAUCGGGAUUCCGGAGUCCGAACACGGCACGGGACCUACACUCCCGGACCCCACUCGACUAAAGUGGAACUCGACUAACCCAGCAAACACCCGGACCCUAUUCUAGACUGCCGGCUUGUGAACGGAGCACGGGGAGCACGGGAGCGAGAUCAGUACCUACUAUUCUACUAUAGUAGUCCCGUCCCGUCAGCUCCGUACUGAAAUCCGAAUAAGCGCAUCAACAACUUCACCACCGUCUUUGAUGGCCCAGAGUGCCCCUCGCCACUCCUCAGUUUCAGUCCUCUCCGGGCCCGUCCGAUCAAUGUCUCCUUCCUCAAUAGGAUCAUAGCCAUUCAGCAAGGUGCUCCUUAUAUGACUCUGUCUUAAACUUUACUACUGUCAAGGGUCUCAAGCUUCAGCACCACGUCUUGUUAUAACAUGAUCCCACUUCGGAAAUGACAGUGUGGUGCCGUUGCAAUGGUAGCAUUCGCUCAGACACGAAACAUGAUGCAGCGCCGCGAACGACACCCGUUUGGUGGAGACUGCCCUGGAUGCGGAGAGGCGCUACGCUCUGUCUUGGCGUCAUUGGCGACGUGUUUCAGACUGCAAACCAGCGCUUGCAAUACUAAUCAAUCCCCCGCAGCGACUGUUGAGCCUCCUCUUCCCUUCCUCGCCCACCGCACUCCCAAGUAGUUCACGGGCGACGGCUCUGAACCCGCGUCAUCAUCAUCAUCGGCUUCAUCACAAUCAGCACGUCAAGACACUGCGCGUCUCAGGUUCUCAUGUGCUGAUAUCAUAGCUCUACUCCAUGUAACAGACCCCUUUGUUUCCUUGGGCGUCAUGGCUUUGCGUAGCUAUGUAUGACGGUUAGACAGAUAUACAUAGGUAUGAGGGAGGGUACGGUCUAAAUCCACCCUGUAAUCACGGUUCUAUCUAGGGAUGAUAUUCAUUAGGCGCCAACAGUGAUUCCCCCGGAUCGAUUGGAGAAGCAUUCGCAUUCAAUAUCCCGUCCAUGCACACGCAUAUAUCAGAGUGGGUUCGGCAGCAUACCCAAUGGCGAAACGAAUGAGACUAUAACUCUCAAAAGGGGCAAAUGAACGGACAGAGCUUCAAAGACUGCCCAACCCGCCCAGAGUUCACAUCCACGCCAAACAUUCGCCCAGACACGCGCAUCUGUCUCGUCGCGUGGGAUCUCGGAAAGAUUCUGUAACCUCCAGACAGUGGCGUUUGAGGUUUAAGGGGGCGCACUCGCCUAUAGCGUGACGAAUCCCACCUGGCGUUACGGCUUCCUGGGUUCCGAAUGGUGGGAUUCGGACGGCAUACCCCAGCUUUAUACCUCUUGGCAGGCAAGGAUGUUUUGCUAUGCUUUGGCGUCCCGGACAUCGACUUCACCAUUCAGCAGAACCAUCCAGGAACCAUCCAGGAGGCCCAGAACCGCUAUGAUGCCGUAGCAUUUUCCCAGUGUCCUGUCCGUGGUAGCGGUCCCUGCAGGUUCGCCAAUGUUUCGGUAACGGCCCCCUUUACGACGUUGCCGUCACGACGUGACCCCCUUCUUCGCGACAUCAUGGACCCCCAAAGGGGCCUCGGGAUGCAACUGUCCUCGUUCAUGCGCCAGGCUCGAGCGGAAUUCAAAUAGGCCGGUACUGGGCUGUUUCAAUCAUGUCGUCUCAACCCAGCAUCGACUUGUUCUUGUUUCCCUCUUCCCCCUUCGCUUCUCCUCGCCGUGGGCACCACUGACGGCCUUCCUCUGCCCUCCGGAUCUCUUUUCUCGUAUUGCUGUGCAUACGCCAUCCUUCUUUUUGCUUGUUUAUACAUUGACAAACACGAUCCUUUGCCGGCCUUGGAUCUUGGUUGAUUAAACACUUCGUUCGUUUACCACCAACCUGAUACCUCGACAUCUGUCUGUGUGACUUUAACUAUCGUCCUCUCUUUUCACACGGCAUAUUCUCGACACUUCGCUGUACAAUCUAGGUGGUAGCAGCCUGGACACUAUUCAGCAUCUUCAUCCAUAAUUAUCAAGAAGACACUUAAGAAAACGUCACCAUGGUUCGGUUUUCCGUCGCAGCUGCCUUCCUCCUCUCUGCCCUAGGCGUCACUGCCGCUCCUUCGGGAGGAAGACACAACCAUCAAAACACCCAGAACACUGGUGCCACCGCUGGUAACGCCGCCGGUGUUCCCGUCGCCAACUCCGACAUCAGCAACAUCAUUCCCGGCCGCUACAUUGUCGUCUACAACAACACCUUUGGUGAAGAGGCCAUCAAUGCCCAUCAGAUCAAGGUCACCUCGCUGGUGGCCAAGCGCAACCUGGGCAAACGCGACGCCAAGACGGGCAGAAUCAUGUCCCCCAGUGUCAAGGCCUUCAAGAUGGGCACAUGGCGCGCCAUGGCUCUCGACGCCGAUGAUGACAUGAUCAAUGACAUCAACUCCGCCCAGGAGGUCGAGUACAUCGAGGCGGAUCAGUACGUCAAGCUCAACGCCCUCACCUCGCAGAACUCGACCACCACCGGCCUGGCCCGCCUCAGCCACGCCGGCCCGAGCAAGAAGGCGGCCCCCUACAUCUUCGACAGCUCCGCCGGCGAGGGCAUCACCGCCUUCGUCGUCGAUACCGGUAUCCGCGUCACUCACUCCGAGUACGAAGGCCGCGCCACCUUUGCCGCCAACUUCGUCAACAACGUCGACACAGACGAAAAUGGCCACGGCUCCCACGUCGCGGGUACGAUCGCCGGUGCCACCUUUGGCGUCGCCAAGAAGGCUAAGCUGGUCGCCGUCAAGGUCCUCGACGGCUCCGGCUCCGGCUCCAACUCGGGCGUGCUGCAGGGCAUGCAGUUCGUCGCCGACACGGCCACUUCGCAGAAGCUCGGCGGCAAAGCCGUCUUGAACAUGUCGCUCGGUGGCGGCAAGUCGCGCGCCAUCAACAGCGCCAUCAACCAGAUUGCUGCCGCUGGCGUCGUCCCCGUCGUCGCUGCGGGUAACGAGAACCAGGACACUGCCAACACCUCACCCGGUUCCGCGCCCGCCGCCAUCACCGUUGGCGCCAUUGACCAGCGCACCGACGCCCGCGCCUCCUUCUCCAACUUUGGUGCUGGCGUUGACAUCUUUGCUCCCGGCGUCAACGUCCUGUCUGUUGGCAUCAAGAGCGAUACUGACACGGACACGCUCAGCGGCACCUCCAUGGCUAGCCCCCACGUUGCUGGCCUCGCUGCCUACCUGAUGGCCCUUGAGGGCCUCACUGAUGUCACGGCUGUUGGCAACAGGAUCAAGGAGUUGGCGCAGAAGACGGGCGCCAAGGUGACGAACAAUGUUAGGGGAACAACGUCGUUGAUUGCUAACAAUGGCAACCUCUAAGGGGUUCAAAUGGCAAAAAAUAUUGGUUGCCUCUCGGGGCAGGGAGUGGAAAGAAAAAAAAAGAGACAAAAAUGAAGGGAUGCUUGUUUUCUUAUGCUGGAGAGGAAUGAUUACUUGAACUGAAAGCGAUCUUGUUACUGUCGUUGUUUACGGAAACGAAGUCAAAGUGUGUAUAUAUAGUCAGCCAAGACAGACAAACCAUCGUCCGUCCUCAUGCUUUGCGAGACCUGGACUGGAUGGAAAGAUAAAGGGGUUGUUGGAUAAUUCAUCUUUUUUAAAUAUUCAAGUCGUUACAAACAUAUAUGACCCAACAA